CCGUCUGCUUCCUCUGUCUAGUGUGCAAGUGCUGUGUGCCUGUAUGACCCUCCUUGCCAGAUUAUGGAACUCACUAAAGAAUAACCUGGGCAGAUCAUGCCCCCCUGGUACAUCUUUCACCAAGAUUAUCGAGUUUUGCAGCCUGAUGAGUAAGGUGAGAUAUCUCGUUGUUUCUCCUACAUGCUGUCCUUGACGGUGUCUCAGUACCUGAACUGCUGUGUAAAUUUCCUACCUCCUUUCCUAUGUCUCCACAGAUAACAGAUUUCAUAUAUUUCGUUCAUUUGUUGCACUGGGCAUCAGGGCACCGUUGCCAUGCCUCCUCCAUUGGAGAGCUUGCUGCUAGCGCUCAGUUUGUAUGUCCAGAUGAUCUCAGGUGAUCAGUGCUCAGGUGGUAGCAACAUCUUCACAGAGAUCCAGGAGAACAGCCCAAGUGGAACAUUUGUGGCCAACCUCAGUGUGUUUGGAGACCCUGUGACUAGCACCGUGAAACUCUGUUUGAGUGGUACAGACGCUGGCUGGUUUUAUUUAGAUGGCAAAAAUAUUUGGCUUAAUGUUUCCUCUGGAAAAACAUUGGACAAAGAGGCAUUGAAUUCCUCAGUCCUUUUGGUCACUUUAACCUGUUCGGAAGAAGGAUUUCCAGCGGUUCAUUAUAGAAUUAUUGUCCAAGUUCUCAACCAGAAUGACAAUAUGCCAACUUUCUUAGAGGAGUCAGUAAAUGCUCAAAACAUCAGUGAACUAACUGAGGUUGACUCGGUUGUAUUCACAGCUCAGGCCAUGGACUUAGAUGGUGAUAUCCUCAUGUAUCUCAUAGACCAGACUACAGGUGACUUCAAAUAUUUCCACAUGGAUCUGCCAAGCAAUGGGAAGGUACUUCUGUCUCGGCCUCUAGACUAUGAAAGUAAACAGGAGUUGGAAGUUGUUGUCCAUGCGUUGGAGAUAAGUACCCGCGAGCAUUAUCGUACCUCUGCAAGGGUACGAAUAACUGUGCUGGAUGGAGAUGACCAAUACCCCUAUUUCCUUCCAUGCAGCUAUAUGCCACAUGAUGGUGUAAAUGUCUGUGUGAGCCCAACAUACCGGGCAAAUAUUACAGUGGGACAGGAACAGACAGGGCCCCUUGUGUUCUCCCCUGGGCCCAUCAUUGCAGAGGAUGGUGACAGAGGAAUAUUGGCCCCAAUAUCCUACUCUUUUCUAUCAGGCCCUGACAAUGAAAUGUUCCAGAUAGACAAUGUUACAGGCUCCAUCUCUCUCUCUGUGGAGCUCAGCAGUAGUUCAUCUGUCCUUGUUCUGAAGGUGAUGGCCUCACAAGUUGGCGACCCCAGGAAGUAUGCUAUAGCUGAGGUGGAGAUAAGGGUUUUGGCGAGCAACCAUCAUGCACCAUUCUUUGGCUCUACUGAGUAUCAGGCCUUUGUGCAGGAGGAUCCUAGUCCAGCAGCCCUUGUGAAAACCUACAGUGGCAAAUUGCUUUCACUCAUGCCUUCUGAUGGAGACUUUCAUAACGGCACCAAUCCCCACGUUCGUCUUAGUCUGAGCUCCCUGUCUAAUCACAGUCAGCUUUUCCAGAUCACACAGGGUGGUCUACUAAUUGCUAGAACAAAUCAACUACAGGCAACAAAAAGGUAUUUACUGCAGGUUAUUGCAAGAGAUGAAGAAUCAGGAGAAGCUGCAAAUUGUUCAGUGGUUGUGAAUGUCUUGGCUUAUGGUCAGUCAGCUCCUCUGGAUCCAUCAGAACCACGACUUAUGUUCACUGUGCCAGACCUCCCCAUUGUCGCAGGUGGAUUGGGUGCUCUUGUGAUCUUAUUUGGGGUCCUGCUGUUCUUUUUGAUAUGGGCUCUGAGGGGUCACCGCCAGCAGCAACAACAGAGGAGUCGUACCUCAUUAGUGACUGAGAAGCACCCAAGUGUGAGCUUGCAGUGGUUCCACACGGCAGAAGAGCAAGGAUACCAAAAUGCAGCAUACAUGGAGAGUCCUGGAGAGGAGAAUAUUAGCCAAGAGAGAAGCCCUGUGCAUCCACUCACUGGACAAGCCACUAAGAAGGAGUCAAGCACAGCAGAUGGUCAUCCAGGGAAGCAGCAGCAGAAGAAGGCACCAGCAGUGGCUGUGAUUUCUCCUGGGAACCAGUGUGUAGGAAGAUCCCCAUUCAAAAAUGGGGAGGACAAGGAAGCUGAUUCUUUAAAUGCUAUUCCACAUAGACACCUUGCUGCAGAAAAAGAUCUACAUUCAGGAAAAGUGGGAAUUACUCAAGCUCUGGUUACCAGUGAACAGGAGGAGAGCCAACCACCUAAGUCAUCGCCAGUAGAAAGUUACAUCUUACACCCUCCAUCUCCGCAGCCCUCAAACCCUGAAGCUUGUAAGGAAAUUGCAGAAAAAGAUGACGCAGUGCUAUGGCCAGAUCCCCCAGUUCUCUCCAGGUUGCCUGUAGUUGUGGAAGUAAAUGAAGAGGCAGUGGAGAGAGAGGGAGAUCAGACAGAACAGCGCCCUCCAAUGGGAAGUGAGAUCAUUACACCAGGUUCACUCAUGCAGCUUCUAGAGGACUCGAUUGAAUGUUAAUCCCUUCAUGCCUCAGUGCACUAUGCAGGUCCAUUAAAAUUGUCUUCCACUAAAGUAAAAACUGCAAUUUUGGUGACCUUGAGAUAUUCAAAUUGGACUAAAUCAUUCAAUAAAAUAUCUGUUACAGACCGACCAUUCUGGUCUAACGCACAAAACUUUCACAUAAAAGUUCAUACACGGAAUGUGGCAAUGGACUUAUUUUAGAAUAAGUAAAAUAUUCCUAAAUCACUCCAAAAAUCUGUAAAUUCUUGUCAAUUCAUUAGGAUGAGGUAGAGGGACUGGGCUACCACUACAUGGUGUUAUACAUGAUGUCUGUCCAUUUUAUUAAAUGUUAAUAAAAAAAGAUGGAUUAUGUAAAAGGUAAAGAUUUAGGGAUUGGUUGUUUGUUGACAUUGCAGUCCUUUUGUAUUUCUGUGCUGAAAGACCUAAUUCUUUGUGCCAGGAGUCCGUGCUCCUCAACUUAUGAAACUAUUUCUAAACAACGAGUGAGACAAAAAGGCGCACAAACCUGCUAUAGUCCCGUGCCCUCCACUGAACAUUAUAGGAGUAAGAGAGGUAAAUUUGAAUCACGUCCAUAUACAAUAUUUGGCAAACCUCUAGCUGCAGCCAGGGAGGCAAACUGUUAAUAGUUUUCAAACUUGCCUGUAGUUUAGUUAACUAGUUGAAAAUAUUUUCAGCAUUAUGCUACAAUUAUGCUACAUCAGGACACAAAAGAAUAGCAUGAAUGUGUUUCACUUUAUUUUAGUAAGUAAGCUCUCUGUUACAAUUAGAUUGAAGCAUUUGAAUGGAAGUGACAUUUAUAUUGCUAGUAUAAGCGAGUAUAGUAUAAAUUAACAAAAAUAGAAAUCUCAUGAAAAACUAAACUUAAACAUGUUCACAAAAACUAUCCAUCAUAACAUUGCCUUUGAAUGCUAUUUAUAAUUUUGCCAUAAAAGUAUUUGCCUGAUGCUGUAGGAGGGGGCUGCCAUAUUUGUGCAGCAGGAGUCUGUUAGCAUUAAAAACUUUAACUGACGAUUUUCUAAUCUGCCUGAUAGAUAACUUUAGAGCAGAUAUUGAAUUGUCAGGCUGUAAAGAGAACUGCAUACGGUACAUACACCACUAAACUUCUAAAACCUUCUGAACCAUGUAGACAAAGAAAGAGGAGCUCCAAGGGCAAUUCCAGAAGGAUAAAAUUGUUACAGAACUAGAUCUCUAUGCUAGUAUGUCCCACCACCCAAGGUGAUUUAAUAGGCAGGCCAUAUUCAUUAAUUUGCUGUAAUGUAGUUCUUUGUAUAAAAUGCAAAUAUUUAGGGGGUAUUUAUUAAACUUGAAUUAUUUUUUUAUUAAAACAAUGUCCAAACAACUCCCAUCCACAAAUUUAAUGCAUUUAUCAAAAAAUCAGCUCAAAAAAGUCAGUAAGAAAAAAACGUUGCCUCAAUUUGAAUCGUGCAACUUUUUUUCGAAUUGGAGCUCUGAAAACUCGACUUUAUCGAAUUGUAACUGCGACAACUUGAAUUCAUCGGAUGAAAACCAGCGCAGAUCACAAUGUCAAGAAACAUCUUCAGGGACAUCUGCCAGUUACGCCCCAGUCUACAUGACCUCGACA